AUGUCCUUCAAAUUUCCCAAAGUGGAUCUCUCGUCGAUCCAGCAGUCUUUGCAGCAGACCACCCAGCAGCUCACGUCAAGUCUGCAGGACAAUCUAGUCAAUCUGGAGAAGGAGGUUUCCACGCUCAAUUCCAACAUCUCCCCCCUUCUCAAGAGGACCACGAGGUCUCUGCAGGAGCGUUUUGGGUCCAUUGAUGACAUCUCAGAGCUGCCGCAAGAAUACAAGGAUCUGGAGAAACGCGUUGACAACUUGAAGGUUUUCUAUAAAAAGGUGCUGACCAUCACACAGCAGUACGAAAUUGAGAGUUAUGAUUAUCCUCCAAAUCUGAAAGAAUCCAUCCAUGAUUACACCAAGCUAAUCAAUGAGAAGUUUACUGGCCUUUCGCAAGCUACCACCACAUCAGAAGCGGAAGCCGUUCUGCUGGCCUCAUCCAAGGAUCACACCCCAAAGACCUUUGCACACCAAUUGGCCAAGGCUUGUUUCAAUGCAAAUGAAGUCCUGUCGACCAGCGAAGACGAGUCGUCGUCUCUGUGCAAGGCAUUGCUUAAGAUCAGCGAGUUUCAGACCAGGAUCGGAGAGGAACGACUGGAGCAAGAUAAGCUGGUGAUCACAGAGGUCAACGACAGGAUCCGCAACACGCUGAAUGGCGACUUCUUGAACACGGCCAAGCUGAGAAAACAAGUGGAGACUUCAAGGCUCAAUUUUGACACCGUUAGAGCCGAGGUGAAGGCUGUGCAGCGUGGAGACGAGUCUGUCGAGCUUCCGCCUGCGCUGUCGAAGAAACUGGAGAAUGCCGAGGACGAACUGGUUAGUGCCACCGAGUCCGCUGUGGAAUCGAUGAAGACGCUGAUCAAGCCAGUUGAAGGCUUGAACUUGUUGAAGCUGCUGAUGAAAAUCCAGCUCAACUAUCACAAGAAUGUCGUUUCUGAGCUGUCGUCAUUGGUCGAUGAGCUCGACUCGCUACCUUUGGAAGACGAUUAG